GUAAACAACCCAGUCGCUAGCAGUGUUAUAUGGUGUUAGCAGCUUCGUGUCGGUGCUGACUGAGCUGCAGACUGUGUUGUUUCCGCAGUGCAGCUGAUGAGCUCCUUUGUAAUUGAACCACAAUGUCUUCAGUGGAGUGUCUGAGAGCGUUGGUGAAGCAGCGACUAACUGCGGCUGCUGAAGAGAUAUUCGGAGUUUUUACUAAAACUAUCGUCGAGUAUCAGGAAGAGAUCGACCGUCAGCGCAGACUGCUGGACCUCGUUUGGAAACCUCAAAUAAAGUUACACAGGAUAGAGCUCCCACAGCAACAUGUCUUUGUGGAAGAGGAGGUUCCUGCUGACCAGCAGCUCUUUAACCAGGAGAGGAGCACCAGUCCGAAUCCAGAGGACCCAGAGCCUCUACAGAUUAAAGAGGAAGAGGAGGAACUCUGCACCAGUCAGCAUGGAGAGCAGCUUGACCUAAAGCAGGAGACUGAUACCUUUAUGUUUACAUAUGAGGAAAGUGACCACAGUGAACCAGAACCAGAAAGAGACCACCAGCUCCUCUAUAACAACCCUCAUGUAGCUGAGAGCCGAGAUCAGAAAGAGGUCAAGCAUGAGGACUCAGGAUCAGAGCAGAACAGUCAACACGAAGGUCACUGUAGCAAUGUUUACAACCCUAACAUGUCAGGGAUCGGACAUAACACUCACACAGCUCAGAAUUCUUUCAAAUGUGACACUUGUGGAAAAGAGUUUAGGCAUAACUCAAAACUGCAGAGACACGCGAGAGUCCACACAGGGGAGAAGCCGUAUUCCUGCAAAACAUGUGGGAAAGAUUUCAGAUUCAGCAGCGGCUUAAAAGUCCACAUGAGAACGCACACAGGAGAGAAACCGUACCUUUGCAACACCUGUGGCAAAAGAUUCAGUGACAUGCCAGGAUUAAAAAAGCAUGUUAGAAUCCACACAGGAGAGAAACCGUACCUUUGCAACACCUGCGGGAAAAGGUUCGGUGACAUGCCUGCUUUGAAAAAGCACAUGAGAAUCCACACAGGUGAGAAGCCGUAUUCCUGCAAAACAUGUGGGAAAGAUUUCAGAUGUAGCGGUGACUUGAAAGUCCACAUGAGAACACACACAGAUGAGAAGCCGUAUCUUUGCAAGACCUGCGGGAAAGGAUUCGGUGAGCUGGCGGGAUUGAAAAGGCAUAUAAGAAUCCACACAGGAGAGAAGCCCUAUUCCUGCAAAACAUGUGGGAAAGAUUUCCGAUUUGGCAGUUACUUGACAGUCCACAUAAGAAGAGCCCACACUGGGGAGAGGCCGUACCUUUGCAAGAUCUGUGGGAAAAGAUACUUUGACGCGUCUCAUUUGGCAAAACAUAUAAGAACACACAGCAAAGUAGCUUUGUAGUUGUAAAAUAUGUGGCACACGAUUUAGUUCUAGUGUUUUGUGGACAAAACGCAGAAAAACCUCUUGUAGGUGAUUGUACGGUGCAAAACAUUUUACUCAAAUCACACUUAAAAAAAACAACAACCGGUGAUCAAUAUAAACGGGACGAGGGGGUCUCCUGUAUAGACGUGCCUGAGUGAAAUGGAGAGGACUACAGGACAUAACAAAAAAAUAGGACAUUAAAGUCCCCUGAAAUAAAUCUUCAUCCUUUUUUUAAAUAUAAAAAAAGUAUUUAUUUAUUGAAGUCUAGAUAGAUCGAUUAAUCGUUCGUCGAUUAUUUUGCAUUUUCGGCAUCGAUCUACCGAUGCUGUAGAACAAUGUUAGCGCUCUCCUUUGUGAGUUUUUGGGAAGGUGGUAAAAAAAAGUUAGUUUCCAGCCAUCUAUCCUGCUGUAAACCUUUGCUUAAAUUUCCUCGUCUUUUCUAAAUAUUAAGACUUUUCUCACGUCCUAAGUGAAAGCUAAUCUAAUCUAAACCCAUUACUGGCUAGUGUUUUAUAUAUAUAUUUAAAUAUAAAUAUGAUGUUAUAAUAAUGCAGCUGAAUGAGGUCGUUAGACAUACUAUAACCCCCGUUCUUCCUUAAAUACAUUCACAUUCUGUAAUCUAUGGCAUUAACCAAUGUAUUUUUCUGUUUCAUUAAUAAAAAUGUUAAUGUUAAUUUUAACAACAAGUUACUGGCUAAGAUAACUAAGUUUAUUGUGCAUGGAAUGAUACAUGACGUUUCUUUGUUUUAAUAUCAGCAUUACACAUCGGCCUUCAGUCACACUGCUCUCUAAAUAUCAGUGUCGGCCAUUGAAAAACCCAUAUCGGUCGAACACUAAAGUAUAAUUAGCCAUUUAUAUGUUUAUUGCCUCAUUUAUAUCAUAUUUAUGUAUUUCAUAGCCAUAUUUUGCGUUUGUUUGCAUUCAGCUCAAGCUCAACUUGCUGAUUUUAAAAGGUCCGUUUUGUAACAUUUAGGAGGAUCUGUCUGCAGAUAUUGAGCAUAAUAUUCAUAGGUAUGUUUUCAUUAUUGUAUAAUCACCUGAAAAAAAGAAUUGUGUUUUACAAUGAGCCGUUUUAUCUA